CCUCUGCCCUGGCACCCACCCGUGCGUCGCUCGCUCUCACCCCUCGCCGUGCCUGCCUUCGCUGAGGCUCUCUCCCUCUUCUCUGUUCUUCUCUGCUCGUCUCCUCCCGGCCUCUCGCCAUGAUUAAAGCGAUCCUCGUGUUCAAUAACCACGGCAAGCCGCGCCUCUCCAAGUUCUACAAGUUUUACAGCGAGGACAUGCAGCAGCAAAUCAUCCGGGAGACAUUCCACCUUGUGUCCAAGCGAGACGACAAUGUCUGCAACUUCCUGGAGGGGGGAACGCUGAUAGGUGGCUCGGACUACAAGCUCAUCUACAGGCACUACGCGACACUCUACUUCGUGUUCUGCGUGGACUCGUGCGAGAGCGAACUCGGCAUCCUCGACCUCAUCCAGGUGUUCGUGGAGACUCUGGACAAGUGCUUUGAGAAUGUCUGUGAGCUGGACCUCAUCUUCCACGUUGACAAGGUGCACUACAUUCUGAAUGAGAUGGUGAUGGGCGGCAUGGUGCUGGAGACGAACAUGAAUGAGAUCGUCAAUCAGAUCGAGGCGCAGAACAAGUUGGAGAAGUCCGAGGCCGGCCUCGCGGCGGCACCGGCGCGAGCCGUGUCGGCCGUGAAGAACAUGAACCUGCCAGACAUGCCGCGCAACAUCAACAUCGGGGACAUCAACAUCAAGGUGCCCAACCUUGCCUCCUUCAAGUGACAGGUGACGUGUGCCCCUUGGAGGAGAAGGAAGAGGAGGAAGAGAAGGAGCAGGAGUAGGACUACGGGGCACAUGGUGGGGGAGGGGUGGGGGCAGAACAUGAGGGAGAGUGGCAGGAUUGUGGAGUUUGGUAUCAUUGUGUCUAUGUCAAGGCGGUCACGACCAAUGUAAGGUCUGUUAAACCAGUUUAACGUAAUUCAUCAUUGAUUUUUCGGAUUUGGAUCACCACGUGAGUAAAAUUUUAAGUCGUAUAGUGCUCCUCCAGCCAAAACAGGCAAUUCAUAAAGUUGUCACAGUGGUGUGUAUCAAGCACUACACUAAUGCCGGAGUGCAAUCCACACAUUUAACAAUUGGGUAGUCUAACAUUUUGCUGUUAGUUACAAUUGGCAUCAUGAGGCAGUUUCCAGAAUUUUUUUAAUCUCCGUUUUUGAGCAGUAAAUAGGUUGGAGAUGUUGUGUCAUCAAUGUGUAAGUAGCAAGAAGUGAUGCCGAGGUUAAUACAUUUGCAUAAAUCAUAACGCUGGUUGUGUUUAUCAGUAAAAAAAAUGUCCGUCUGUAAUUAUUGAAUGUGGUGUGGAUUGCUGUCCUCCAUGCUCGGCGUGUGCUGCAGCAGCAGCAAUAAAUUGGCCACUUUUUGUUCUCAUCGUGUGACAACUUCAUUCAUUGGCAAUUUGGGCUAAAAAGUCAAUUAUGAAUCGUAAUAUUGUAUUAUUGUUUGUGAAAGUCCACGGUUUUAGGUGAGAUGAAAUGACGAACACUUCGCCGUCUCGGUCCGCAGACACUGCCUAUAUAACUGAAGCGUGAAGCCGGCUAUGCUUUGGGCGCCGUCGGCCCUGCUCUGUAAGCGGAGAGCCUGUAGAAGCAUAUUAUGAGCCCGGCGUGGCUAGAAAAACCGCCCGUGUUAAUGAUGUACGAGAGGUACACCUUUUAAACACCGGAUGAUUUCGAAGGAUGCAUGCAAAUCCCGUGUUCAUUAAUGUUGGUGGUGCUGGAAUUAGCGGAUGUUAAAGCAGUGAAGCGACCUUCACCUGGUCAAAAAUGUUUUAUGCACUGGUGCACACGGAGCUCCUUUUUGUCAGUCCAUUGCUGGAUGAACGAGGGCCAGUCCCCCCGCGCCAUAGUCAUUGGACCAUACUUUCAACAUGCCGGUUAAGAGUCGGUUGGUGAUGGUGCAAAAUGUAAAUGGAUUACAUGGUCUUAUCUAAAAUGAAUAAAUUUGUAUCCUGUGAUGGGUUUACGUCGACCCCCCCCUCCCCAGACUGGCAAUUCAAACUUGCACAACCUUUGGAUUGUGAGUGGUGAUGUGGGUGCGGGUCACUGACCGGCUGGUUCUACUAUUAGAAGGCAGUGCUGAUGACCGUGGCGCUGAUGGUGGUGGCGAUGAGGUGUUGCCUAGUCUGUGCCCAAUCACCACUUGCUCCCUCCUGCAGUAUCUCCCUUCAUUUUUCCGUCCGGUUCAUUUUCCCCCCCAUCGGACUCUGCUGAAAGGAAUUCCAGCGAGAAUGAUCUUGCGUCUUGUGAUGUGUUUUUUUUGUAUUGUUUUCCUCAAACGGACAUCAUCGACUUGGAUGUUAAUAGGUGAGAGAUCGUUAAUUUCGUGUGUGGGUGUCUCACAAAUGGGGUGGGGGUUGGGGGACAUAAUGUCUGUUGGAGACACCGAGGAAGGCGGUUCGGGGACCAAAUGUAGGUGAUGUGAACCCUCCAUUACAGAUUCUCUUUGCAUGAGUCGAGGUGGAUUGUUCCACCCUCUGCGCACAGUUGGGCUGCCGGCGACGCGCGGUCUGGCAAGAUCAACCCUUGAAGAAUGUUGCCGGAAUGCGUGGCACAAAGUGAGUUUGCUGUCAUAUGUUGGGUACAAAGGGGCAGCUAUGUAGGAGAAUGUAGGAAUAUCUAUCUUCCUCACCGUGGGAAACCUCUAUACACUGUUCCCCCCUGGUAUAUCCAUUCUCUUUACAAAACCCCCUGUUAUUUCCGUGAAGACCAAUUUAUGCCAUUUACAGCUUAAAAUGUAAAUUAUAUUGCUUUUUAUUGUCUCCGAAUAUAUAUGUAAAAAAGCAAAUAUGAAAUGUAUGAAGUGAAAAAUAAACCCAUCACCGAAAGCAGCAAGCCAGUUUUGGAACGCAUCACCACAACGCCACAGUAAUUGCACAAUGCCGAAACUGGGGCUGGCUGGCGCACAACAUUUUCUGCGCAACGUGGCGAUGGUGGCUGACGGCAAGUCGGCACAUUUGCUUUGUGUGAUGUGAAGCUUCUAAAUGUUGGUAAAGUGUAACUUUUCUAUUUCCCCGAUUAAUAAAAAAAACACAUCUGGACUAUCCAGGACAUUGGUCUAUCCGGAAUAUACGGUCAACAGCGAAAUAAUUUUCACUCAACCGAAUUUCAUCAGCAGGGCGCCUCGUUGCCUAGCUGGUGAAGUUGAAACCGGGGACAAGGUUGCCCUUGUUUAAUAAGGAAAUGCAGCUGGUGUGAGACACGAAUCGAGAAGCAGAUUCCCUACCCCCACCCCACACAGGUUGAUGCAUUACACUUAAUUUUAUUUCAGUGAUAUAUGUACCCACUUGUGCACAAUUUAUAUUCUAACUCGUCCAGUAAUGAAUUCACAUGCAGUCAUACCUGAAAACAAUACUUACACUGCACAUGACUUUAUUUAUUUGUUGAUGAGAUGUAAAGUGCUGUUGAGACACCUCAAGCAUAAGAGGCGCUCUGUCAACAAAUAAUUAUUACUCGUUGGCCUGUGGCCGCAUCUGUGGCACUAAAGGUAUGAUGCUACCCACUGCAUGUAUUUAGAUGUUAUGUUUUUAUUACCUUAAAUCAACAAGGAAAUCCAACCUCUGUAGGCCUAUCCCUUUCCUGUAUUAGGCCACACCCCUUAUUGAUUAGACCGCACCCAUUCCUGUUUUUGGCCCCAUCACUUCCUGUAUUAGGGCCCCAUGUCUCGUCUUCUGGCUAAGCGCCUUCUUAGACCAUGCCCUUUCUUUAUGCCCUGCCUCUUUCCAGAUACACGGUGGGGCCCUUGGUUUGGUAGAUUAAGUUAGAAUGUGAAUUGUAACGAAGCCUGUCUAAAUCUCGAAUACAUGUAUUUUGUAUAUAUUUUCAUCA